GAGGCAGAGGCGGACGGGGCGGACGGGGCGGGCCGGCUGGGUUCGGGCAGCGCGGCCGCGGCCAUGGGGGGCUUGAAAGACGAACUGCUCAAAGCCAUCUGGCACGCCUUCACCGCGCUCGACCUGGACCGCAGCGGCAAGGUCUCCAAGUCGCAACUCAAGGUCCUUUCCCAUAACUUGUGCACGGUGCUGAAGGUUCCUCAUGACCCCGUUGCCCUGGAAGAACACUUCAGAGAUGACGAUGAGGGGCCCGUCUCCAAUCAGGGCUACAUGCCAUAUUUAAACAAGUUCAUUCUGGAGAAGGUCCAAGACAACUUUGACAAGAUUGAAUUCAAUAGAAUGUGCUGGACCCUCUGCGUCAAGAAGAACCUCACGAAGAGUCCACUACUUGUUACCGAAGAUGAUGCAUUUAAAGUGUGGGUCAUUUUCAACUUUUUGUCUGAGGACAAGUAUCCAUUAAUUAUUGUGCCAGAAGAGAUUGAAUACCUGCUUAAGAAACUUACAGAAGCUAUGGGAGGAGGUUGGCAACAAGAACAAUUUGAACAUUACAAAAUAAACUUUGAUGACAAUAAAGAUGGCCUUUCUGCAUGGGAACUUAUUGAGCUGAUUGGAAAUGGACAGUUUAGCAAGGGCAUGGAUCGCCAGACGGUGUCUAUGGCCAUUAAUGAAGUCUUCAAUGAGCUUAUUCUAGAUGUAUUGAAACAGGGUUACAUGAUGAAAAAAGGCCACAAACGGAAAAACUGGACUGAGCGCUGGUUUGUGUUAAAACCCAACAUAAUUUCCUACUAUGUGAGCGAGGAUCUGAAAGAUAAGAAAGGAGACAUCCUCCUGGAUGAGAACUGCUGUGUGGAGUCACUGCCUGACAAAGACGGAAAGAAAUGUCUUUUUCUAAUAAAAUGCUUUGAUAAGACCUUUGAAAUCAGUGCCUCGGAUAAGAAGAAGAAGCAAGAAUGGAUUCAGGCCAUCCAUUCUACCAUCCAUCUGUUGAAGCUGGGCAGCCCCCCACCACACAAGGAAGCCCGUCAGCGUCGGAAAGAGCUCCGAAGGAAGCUGCUAGCAGAGCAGGAGGAGCUGGAGCGGCAGAUGAAGGAGCUCCAAGCCGCCAAUGAGAACAAGCAGCAGGAGCUGGAGAGUGUGAGGAAGAAACUGGAGGAAGCAGCAUCUCGUGCAGCAGACGAGGAAAAGAAGCGCCUGCAGACCCAGGUAGAACUCCAGACCAGGUUCAGCACGGAGCUGGAGCGGGAGAAGCUGAUCAGACAGCAGAUGGAAGAGCAGGUUGCCCAGAAGUCAUCCGAACUGGAGCAGUAUCUGCAGCGGGUCCGGGAGCUGGAAGACAUGUACCUGAGGCUGCAGGAGGCCCUGGAGGACGAGCGGCAGGCCCGGCAGGACGAAGAGACAGUGCGCAAGCUUCAGGCCAGGUUGUUGGAGGAAGAGUCGUCUAAGAGGGCGGAGCUGGAAAGGUGGCACCUGGAGCAACAGCAGGCCAUUCAGACGACGGAGGCGGAGAAGCAGGAGCUGGAGCAGCAGCGCGUCCUGAAGGAGCAGGCGCUGCAGGAGGCCAUGGCACAGCUGGAACAGCUGGAGCUGGAGCGGAAGCAGGCGCUGGAGCAGUAUGAGGGAGUUAAAAAGAAGCUAGAGAUGGCAACAAAUAUGACCAAGAGCUGGAAGGACAAAGUGGCCCAUCAUGAGGGAUUAAUACGCUUGAUAGAACCAGGUUCGAAGAACCCUCACCUCAUCACCAACUGGGGACCCGCAGCAUUCACCCAGGCGGAGCUCCAGGAGAGAGAGAAGAGCUGGAAAGAGAAGAAGACCACGGAGUGACAGCUCUCCCGGCGGCCACCCCAGUCAGUCACACCAGUGAGGAGUCCAGAGCUUCAGGACAAGGACGCCGGCUUUGCUGCUUCUAGUCUUUCCUCGGCCCUCUGGCGGGGCCCACCUGCUAAGGAGGCUGUAUUUACCUCCUAGCGCUGUGGGCGGGAAUGUAGGCACAGGUGUAGCUGGGGCCACCUUCACGUCACUGUCACCGCAGCCUUUGCAGCCCUGUCUCAGCUCCUCUUUGGGAGGUCAGCUGCCUCCUUAGGCAGCACAUUCCCUCUGCUGAUUGGCUGGUCUGCUUGCCUUUCCUGUCAGGGGACAGGGCAAGCCUCAUUGUUGGUGCUGUGAUGGACAAGCCACCAGUCACUGGCCUUGUAGAUGGGAUCUGGUUGGUGUUGGAUUUUUUUUUUUUUUGUUUGGUUGUUGUUGUUGUUUUUUCAGCUUUAGCUAAGAUACUUCUUUCCCUGACCAUCAUGCACUUGGCCUGCUUCAUUUGCAUUUCCUUUCCCCUCACCUCAAAGGGAAGCAUACCCUGGCCCAGUGUCUGAACCGAGUUCUUUGGGUGCUCUGUCCCCAGGCCCCUAGUCCAUGUGUGGAAGUGUUGUAGAGGGUCUAACCUGAGAUCAGUGGUGAGUGGUGGGAAGCUGGCAGGCCAGAGGCUGGUUGGCUGUAAAGUGUCACAGGGUGAUGGCGCACGUUUCACUUGGACUGCAUCUCUGACCCCCACCCCCACCCCGGGACCCGGGUCGCGGUUUCUACGCUUUCUGUUUGACUGUAUCGAGGAAAGUUUUCAGCUGCCAUCUGGCAGGUGAUGUAUGUGUUAGAGAAAAGGUGGAAUUCGGUAGCAGAGCAGAGAACCCCCGUGUCCUGUCCUAGCCUCAGAGCAGAGAGCAGGCCAUUCUAGGCACAUGCGAAUCUAGAGAGAGUUCAGUGUUCCUGGCGUCUUCAGAAGGACUGGACAGAAUUUCGUAAAUCUCUGCUUUUUAUGACUGGAAAACAUUUGCCAAUGGAAGUCUUAAAAAUUUUUUUUCUAAUAUUUUGGGCUGCUUAAUAAAAGUGUAAUUUUAUUUAA